UAAUGUGAAAGGAUUAUGUCAUAAAUCUCAAUUACUACAGAUCUGUAGUCUGAGAUACAUUCACUGAUGCUGUGUAAAUUACAGUGCACUGAAAAUGACAAAAGUGCUGUUCAUUUUCGUUUUCUGUGUCUGUUUGGUUCUCUCGGCACAGAAAGAAAGGAGAAACGUUUCUGUGAACAAAGGCAUAUUUUUAUCAUCCAGCGGUAAAGAGCUCAAUUUCACCAUGAAUAGGAGCAGCCAUGAACCGAUUUUUAACGACACGUCUUUUAAUAAAACAUGCUUAAAUGACACCGAUAAAUCAGAGACACAAUGGUCAGAAAAAUUAACUCAAAAAACUCAAGUCACUGAAGUGGGUGUGAGUGCGUGAGUGAAUAAGUGAAUGAGUGAGUGUGUGUGCCCUGCGAUGGGUUGGCACUCCAUCCAGGGUGUAUCCUGCCUUGAUGCCCGAUGACUCCUGAGAUAGGCGCAGGCUCCCCGUGACCCGAGGUAGUUCGGAUAAGCGGUAGAAAAUGGAAUGGAAUGGAAUGUUUAUAUUUCAUAUUAAAUAUGUAUUUUCUCAGUUUAUUUAUUUCUUUAUUUGGAAAUAAUGCAUUGACCAAGCUUCCGAUCCAUACAUGAUCGUGAGAAAGGAUUUGCAUCUGCAUGGUUAGUACUGUCAUGGUUAAGAUGGGAUAACCAAACCAAUCCAGCAAAUACAUUUUAGGGAUUAUUCUAACAUGCCCCUAAUCUAAUUUGACCUGGGACAAAGGAGACUAGUGAUCGGCUGCCUAUAGUCCACACAUACAAGCAUAAUAGAUUGCCCAAAAAAAGAUAUACAGUUUAUUUCCUUAGAAAAGGGAUUUUAAGAUUAAGAAAGGUGUUUUGUCACUGUUUAGGCAAUGCAAAAUAUUCCAUUAUAUUGUCUGUUAAAUGUAUUCAUCCACACAUUAAGAAAAGACAUGAAACAAACUUUUUUUUUAAUUAUUCUAAACUUUCAACUAAAUUCUAAAAUUCUCUUUGAAUAAUUUUGCAUUAGUAGAAUAUUACAAGUUAUUGGGGCUAAAAUAUCCAUUCACCCAUCCUUCAAUCCCACUUAUCAUCUUCAGGCUUGCGGAAUAUUUGAUUUUUUAUAACAGACACUUUUCAUAUUUUCACAUUUAGUACUAAAGCUCUUUAGUAAAUUACUCAAUCUUGUGUAGGCUUGUGUCAAAUCUGUGACAUGUCGGUCAAGUGCUGCAAAAACUGGACCACAAACCGGCCCUCAGGCACAGUGAGAAAAGAACAGAAAGGACAGAGAAGAAAAGAAGAGUGUUCAAAGAAAAUAGAGGGUCCUGGAGGAGGUACUGAUGCAUUCUUAGACCAGCAUCUCUACUCCUCUCUUCAGCAUGUAAUGAGCUUAAUCACACGGUCUUGCCUUGCCCAUGUCAGUACAAAGGGGUCAAUCGCUUGGAUUAUCACACUCGACUUUGACAUCACAAUCCGUUGCACCUCUUUGUGUUUUUCAGCUCUUUUUGUAAAACAAUUUGAACCCUUUGUAGUCUCUUUGGACAAUGUGAUUUUUUUAUCUAGUACUGUAGAUAAUUGGUUCACACUGUCAAACAUGGAUUAUAAUUCAUUUCAUCUUUACUGUGUGUAAGGCUGUGUAAGGUUAGAGAGUUUGGGGGUGGGUGGUAACGUUUGGGUUUGAAACAAGGUUUUAUCCUUGUUACCAUUGGAAUAAACUCCAAUGCCACGAUCUAACAAUAAGGUCGCUGACGAUGGAACAUCAGCACGGCCACUGCAAGAGGGAAGAGCACUGGUGGAUACCCUCAUUAAGGUGGUUGCAUGUUAUCGGCACCUGGCUUCCUGUGUUGGAGGCUACACUGAUAGCUCCAGUCUCCGGCGUGAUCUCCAGCAGACAAGAGAACGGGCCCAGACUCUCGCGCUGUCUUGCCGUAACCACCUGACAGCUCGGCUAAGGGAUAAAACCUUACCAGAAGAUGAAAGGAAAGAAACCGAACGCCUGUGGGUGGCGUUCUCCACAUGCCUUGAGCUCUUACAUACAGACAUGUGUAAAGUUUUCAACCUGGUCAAGUACUUUUCCCCUGCUUGCAACAGUACCAUGGUACAAACAGGCAUACAGGGGGGGACGACAGAGGUGGCAGCACGGGCUUUGAGUCUGCCUGACCUGCAGGAGACUAAUAAUGAAGCCCAGACGUCCAGCAUGGAGGGUCAGGAGCAGUGUCAGCUGGAGCAGGAGAUUGCACAAGUGGACCGUACUCUGGAGGACAUGGAGCUGAAGGUCAAUGUGCUGCGAUGGACAGUGGAAGCACAGGGACCUCAGUAUGCAGACCCUGUCAGUACUGACAGCACAUCUUUAGCACUGCUGUCUGUCAACGAAGAGGCAGCCGAACGCUUUUGUAAUCAUAGCCAGAUGUUUGUGGCAAUGAUAUUCUGCGCUGUGGCGAUUUUUGCCGUGUUGCUGUCGGUUUGUGUGGUGUUAAUGGCAUGAAGUGUUAUAACAUGAACUAUUUGUGAUGUGUAGGCAGUCAGGAGAACUGGGAAUAUUUCUUUUUUGAGGUCACAUCAGUUGUGACUGGCCAAACGUCAACAGUGCACAUUGCAGUAGUGAUUUGCAAUAAUUAAGAAGUUGCUUACUUUUGCUCUCAACAGAAUUGAAUCUAUUGAAUCUCUCGAUUUUAAGAAUUGAAUUUAGUCUGAUAUUUCCAUUGGGGACAAUUAGAAUGUCCCUGUUUGUCAAUAUGCUGUAUAAAGUCUCGGAAAAGGAGAUGAGACCAUUUCAAAAUCAUUUUUCAUUUUUAUGAAUUUACUAUUUCUAGGAACAUUUUUAGGUAAAAUGGUUUUCGUUUCCUUUUGUGACCGACUAACCAUAUUUCUCCCAAAAUUCAAAUAGAAAAAAUUUCCAUUUGCAUUUAUCUGCAGAAAAUUAAAACUGGAGAAACAGUUCAAAAUAACAGGAAAGAUGCUCUGUAUUUUUUCAGACCUCAAAUACUGCAAAGAAAACAAGAUCAUAUUCAAUUUUAAGCAGUACAACAUUCAUGUUUGUACGUGCAUUUAAGAAAAGUUUUUUAUGUGAUAACAUCCAUUUUUAUCACAGUUUUCAUGUGUGUGUCAUGCUGUAAAUCUUUCACAUUGAUGUUGGAUGACUUUAGGUCACUCCUGAUGUUCGAUUUUGUUGAAAUUCAACAGACAGUGGACUGGAAUGAUUACGAAACAUCUAGAAAGGUUGAUUAAUUUUUUUUUUUCUGCUGAAUUUUCUUUUAUCAAUGCAAAAUGUUCUCUGUAGAGUUGAAGUUAAUUAUAGUUAGGUAUUAAAUAGAAAAGUAAGGCCCCCAUUUAGAUGUUAAAUAGUGUGUGUUUGUGCAUAAACACAAGUCUUAUUUACUUUAUGUGCUGUGUUGACAGUAAACACUUUUCAUAGUCAACACACAGUCAUUUAGUAUUUAUUGCUUUAUGUGCAUGUCUUUAUAUAUUAUUUUGACAUUUUUGGUCUUGAUUAAGUGUAAUGCGUACUUACAUUUAUGUUGUGACUUACCAUGCAUAAUUUUAUGUGCAAAAACUCUGUGAAAAAUGUCAGUAGACUUAUUUGAAACCAAGUGGUUUGAUAAUUUACCAACUUCAUUUUAUACUGUAAAUAUAAUACUGUUUAAAUAA